AGUGUUCUACUGAUAAAUUCAAACAGAAAAUAAGACCACCUCUAGUCCAAAAUUAGCAACAGCGAAGAAGUAAAUGAUAAGUCUCACGAGUUUGAAACCGAUAGUUAUCAGUAUUCAUCCAAAUCAGUUUCCUUGAGCAAAUGACUAGUAGACACCGCACCACCAUUUAGCCUCAUCCUUUUCAGAGCAGUGGAUUUUGUGGUAUUGAAAGAUGAGCUUAUCUCAGAAUGCUCCGACAAGUAAGGCUAAUAAAAGAGAGGAGCUCAAGAAACAGUACAAAGAUGGGGAAGAGAUUGUGUCCGAUGAUGAUCUCACAAGGGGAAAGAGAAGAAAGACAGAUAAGGAGAAGGAGAAGCUACAAGAAUCGGAAGUGGUUGAAAUGAAAAAGCUUGAGAAUUUGAUAUUCGGGUCACUCUACUCACCUGUUACGUUUGGUAAGGAAGAAGAAGAAGAUGGUUCGGCUUUGUUUCAUGUAGACCGUUCUGCUGUGAGGCAGAUUCCGGAUUACGAGGAUGAUGAUGAUGAAGAGCUUUCUGAUGAAGAGACUGGUCAAGUUGUGGGAAUUAGAAAGGGAGAAGCCGCCUGGGAGGAUGAAGAAGAGAAACAGAUAAACAUUGAUAUAGCUAGUGUCAACCGUCUGAGGAAGCUAAGGAAAGAGGAGAAUGAGGGCUUGAUCUCUGGCUCUGAGUACAUUGCAAGGCUGAGGGCUCAUCAUGCUAAGCUAAACCCGGGGACUGAUUGGGCUCGGCCAGAUUCUCAAGUGAUUGAUGGAGAGUCUUCAGAUGAUGAUGAUACCCAGAAUGGAGGAGUUGAUGAUAUUCUCCGGACGAAUGAAGAUCUUGUGGUGAAGUCCCGUGGCAACAAGCUGUGUGCUGGUCGUCUUGAAUACUCAAAGCUAGUUGAUGCCAAUGCAGCGGAUCCUUCAAAUGGCCCGAUAAACUCUGUCCACUUCCAUCAGAACGCUCAGCUGCUUCUCACUGCUGGAUUGGAUCGACGGUUAAGGUUUUUCCAGAUUGAUGGAAAGAGGAACACCAAGAUCCAGAGCAUUUUUCUUGAGGACUGUCCCAUUCGUAAGGCGGCUUUCUUGCCCAAUGGCUCUCAGGUCAUUGUCUCCGGAAGAAGAAAGUUCUUUUACAGCUUUGAUUUGGAGAAGGCAAAGUUUGACAAAAUUGGCCCUUUGGUUGGUAGAGAGGAGAAAAGCUUGGAACAGUUUGAGGUGUCACAAGACUCUAACACCAUAGCUUUUAUUGGCAACGAAGGUUAUAUCUUACUUGUGUCGACAAAAACAAAAGAGCUGAUAGGAACCCUAAAGAUGAACGGUUCAGUUAGGUCCUUAGCAUUUAGUGACAAUGGGAAGCAUUUGCUGAGCUCAGGAGGUGAUGGGCAAGUCUACGUCUGGGAUCUGAGAACAAUGAAAUGCUUAUACAAAGGUGUGGAUGAAGGCAGCACUUGUGGCACUUGUCUUUGCAGUUCGCUAAACGGAGCAUUGUUUGCCUCUGGAACCGAUAGAGGAAUCGUAAACAUUUACAAGAAAUCUGAGUUUGUGGGAGGCAAGAGAAAGCCGAUAAAGACAGUGGACAAUCUCACUUCCAAGAUAGAUUUCAUGAAGUUCAACCAUGAUGCUCAGAUUUUAGCUAUAGUCUCUACAAUGAACAAAAACAGCGUAAAGCUAGUCCAUGUUCCAUCCCUAACCGUCUUCUCAAACUGGCCGCCACCCAACAGCACAAUGCAUUACCCUCGCUGCCUAGACUUCAGCCCCGGAAGUGGCUUCAUGGCUAUGGGAAACGCCGCCGGAAAAGUUUUACUGUAUAAACUGCAUCAUUACCAGAAUGCUUGAAGUGGUCUUAGCAAGGGCAGUUUUGGGAUUGUUGUGUUUUAUCCUUUAUUUUGUCGCUAGUACUCUUUAUGUUAUCAAUUUUCCUAUCCAAUUUUCGAUCAAUGAAAAAUUUUCUUUCUG